AUGGAACAAAAGAGUACUUUGGCGUGGUAUUGGCGAGAGAAAGAGGCCCCGACGUAUGCAAGGUGGUAUAAUGGAAGCCUGAGAGGCGAUCUCUUUCGAGCGAGGGCACAGUGUAUGGAUGUGAAUGCAGGGAGUUACAGAUGGUCCGAGUCCAGCAGCGAAGUGUGCCAGACGUGUGACAUGGGAGAGGAUGAGACGGUGGAGCGUGUGGUGCUGGAGUGUGUGAAGUAUGCCAGAGACAGGAAUGAGAUGAUGCAAGUGGUGCUGAGGGAACUGGGGAACGUCACAGUGGAGAAGACAGGAAGGGAGUGGAUGGUGUUGCUGCUGGGACUGUGUGGGGAGACGAAUGGAAGGAUGAUUGAGGCUGUCAAAGUGUUUCUGCAGAAAAUGUGGACCGCUAGAUCUGGCCUGGGUCACCUGUGGUCACGUGGCGGCGCCUCCCUGGGCUCACCUGAGGGCGUGCAGGAGAACAGACGCGGUGAAAGAGCAAGGCCAGACUGGCAAGUCCUCCUGUCCAUUGUGCCCCAGAGCCUCUCAGAUCAGUGGCUGGCAAGUCCUCCCAUCCUCUCUGCCCCAGAGCCCCUCAGGUGCAAGGUCGGUGUGCAUCCUUGGUGCAGCCCCAGGGUUCCUGCAGGACCAGCCACGGCCAGGAGCAGCGUAGCAAUGGAGGGUGCGAGGCCAGGCAGCAGCAGCAGCAGCAGCAGUAGUAACAGCCUGGAGCAGCAGGCAAGCCCAGGCAGGAGGACCUACACUUGUGACCACUGCGGCAAAGUGUGCUCCACCAAGGCUGCCAUUGCCAGACAUGUCCUCUCCCAUGCCAGCAAGACAAGGCUGAGAGGCAGGAGUGGCCCCGCUGAACACACUGCCACCCACACUGGUGGCAGGAACCACAAGUGUGACCUCUGCGGGAAGACAUUUGUCUGGAAGAGUCAUCUUGCCUCACACAUCCUCACCCACACUGGGGAGAGAAAGUUCCAGUGCCUGGAGUGUGGGAAAAGAUUUACCCAGGAGAGUCAUCUUAACAGACACAUCCUCAUCCACACUGGGGAGAGAAAGUUCCAGUGCCUGGAGUGUGGGAAAAGAUUUACCCAGGAGAGUCAUCUUAACACACACAUCCUCACCCACACUGGGGAGAGAAAGUUCCAGUGCCUGGAGUGUGGGAAAAGAUUUACCCGGAAGGGUUCCCUUAACACACACAUCCUCACCCACACUGGGGAGAGAAAGUUCCAGUGCCUGGAGUGUAUGAAAAAAUUUACCCAGAAAAGUGAUCUUAACACACACAUCCUCAUCCACACUGGGGAGAGAAAGUUCCAGUGCCUGGAGUGUGGGAAAAGAUUUAUCAACAAAAGUAAUCUUAACAAACACAUCCUCAUCCACACUGGGGAGAGAAAGUUCCAAUGCCUGGAGUGUGGGAAAAGAUUUAUCCACAAAAAUCAUCUUAACAGACACAUCCUCACCCACACUGGGGAGAGAAAGUUCCAGUGCCUGGAGUGUGGGAAAAGAUUUAUCCACAAAAAUCAUCUUAACAGACACAUCCUCACCCACACUGGGGAGAGAAAGUUCCAGUGCCUGGAGUGUGGUAAAAGAUUUACCCGGAAGGGUUCCCUUAACAUACACAUCCUCACCCACACUGGGGAGAGAAAGUUUCAGUGCCUGGAGUGUGGGAAAAGAUUUACCCAGAAAAGUGAUCUUAACAGACACAUCCUCACCCACACUGGGGAGAGAAAGUUCCAGUGCCUGGAGUGUGGGAAAAGAUUUACCCGGAAGGGUUCCCUUAACACACACAUCCUCACCCACACUGGGGAGAGAAAGUUCCAGUGCCUGGAGUGUAUGAAAAAAUUUACCCAGAAAAGUGAUCUUAACACACACAUCCUCACCCACACUGGGGAGAGAAAGUUCCAGUGCCUGGAGUGUGGGAAAAGAUUUACCCGGAAGGGUUCCCUUAACACACACAUCCUCACCCACACUGGGGAGAGAAAGUUCCAGUGCCUGGAGUGUGGGAAAAGAUUUACCCAGAAGUGUACUCUUGACAGUCACAUCCUCACCCACACUGGGGAGAGAAAGUUCCAGUGCCUGGAGUGUGGGAAAAGAUUUAGCCAGAAGGGUACUCUUGACAGACACAUCCUCACCCACACUGGAAAGAAGAAGAGAAAACAUCCAAAAUCAUAGCUGUUGCAGUCCCCGGUGACUCCGGCCUCAGUAGAGCUGAAAGGCACAAAACUACAAAAUAUCACGACCUAAAAAGUGACCUGGGAACAACAUGGUCGCCGAUGGACACCGGUAUAAUACCAGUGGUGGUGUGGGCGACAGGGCUAAUGAAGAAAACCUUGAGAGCUGCCUGGAGGCAAUCCCCGGUCGCCCAAGUGCCCACGAGGUACACACAGCUGCGGUCAAGGGAACAGUCGCCACGCUGAACAUAACCCUCGGAUGGAAUGCCGGCGCUGCUGAGGGUGUGACCACUAACACCAGGCUUGGGGCCCAUUGCACUCACCAGACAACAAAACAGGAAAGUGCAGAAAACGGGGAGAGAAUGUUCCCGUGCCUGCAGUGUGGGAAAAGAUUUACCCACAAAGGUAAUCUUAACACACACAUCCUCACCCACAUUGGGGCUUGUACAAACUCAGUGCACCCUGAGUGUAGGAAGACAGAAGGAAGCAGAAACAGAAGGAUCUGCUCUGAACCACCCUGGAGAGAGAAACUGCAGCAGAGGAUCACCCAUCAAAGAGAAGAAAUCUGGCAGAUAACAAGCUUCCUGUAAGACCAAAACGACACAAGGAACCUCCUCAAGAAAACAGACAGAAUGACAGGAAGGCGCAGCGCAAGCAACGGCCGGCCGGGCGGAAGACCGGCAGGGGCCGAGCCCCGGCCGAAGCCUUGGCACCACAGAUGAGGACAAAGACAAGAAAAUAAAGGCCAGAAAGAUGAAGAGGCAGCUUGCAGAAAAGCCAGGGGUGGUGUGCAGACACAUGGCAAAGACCUCAAUAGAAGUACAAGACCCACCCGAGAAAGAAGUGGCCGAGGGAUGCUGGAAGACCCCACGCAGCAUCAGGCAGCCCCUGGGAUACAGACCACCACGGUUAAACACACAAGUAAACAACAAUGCCAGCUGUUCAGCUUACAGAGGAAGGUCUGCUGAGAAAGAGAGUGAGUCAAUGCAGCAAGUUUGAGGCUCCAGGUGUAGACAAAGCCCCAAGUUUUGGGUCAGAAAGAUUACACGAGUGCACCGUUCCGUGCACUCGUUUGUACCAGACUACAGAAAGGAAAAGAGGAGCCCCCACAAUGGCUGGCCACUGGAAACACCAGCCUGCCACCAAACGCCAGCCAGACUCCACUGCCAGCCAGACACAGAGCCGUCCGCUGCCCGUCAACAACACGCAGGUGGCCGACAGAGACACCGGUGUGGAGUUUGGUCUGGUGGAGUGCUCCACAUGCACCGGCAGGACUGGCAAGAAGGUAGCACCAGAAACACACACACUGGUGAACAGGACUGCAUUCAACACCUUGCCAUUCAACACCUUGCUCAACACUCCACAUGCAAGUGUUUGGGAACACAAGAGAAUGCCACACUACAACACAAAAAAUGAGAAAAACAAUCAAGAAAGAAUUACCUUAACACCUUGAAAAAGAUUCGCAGGUCAGAACUAACACCAAAAAACAAGACUACUGCCACAAACCAGCUGGCAGUACCAGUAGUGACUUGUGGGUGUGGUGUGGUGUGGUGACUGGCCACAAGACUACUGCCACAAACCAGCUGGCAGUACCAGUAGUGACUUGUGGGUGUGGUGUGGUGUGGUGACUGGCCACAAGACUACUGCCACAAACCAGCUGGCAGUACCAGUAGUGACUUGUGGGUGUGGUGUGGUGUGGUGACUGGCCAAAAGGUUUAUUCUGAAAUGUAAUCUUGACAAACAUCCUCACCCACACUGUGGUAAGGAAGUACAGGUGUGGUGUUUGUGGCAGUGUUUCUGUAGGAAGAGUGGUGUUGCCAGACACAUCCAAACACUCCUGUGGGGGUGAGGUGUUGUGGAUGUGCUGGUGGUGUGUGAGGGACUUGGAGUGACUAGUGUUUGUGUGUUGUUACUUUGUACUCAAGUGUUGGAAUAAACUUUUGUUGCUAGAA